CAACUGGUCAAUAAAUGGCUUUCAGGUAUAUAAACAACACCGAUCGGGGGAAAACUUUGAACUAGUUGCUAUCCUUACAGACGAAUAUGGUGUUGAUAUACAAGAACGUGUUAGGAAUGAUGUCAUGAUAGAUUUUGGGAGCGAGACAUGAGAGUGAACUGUCGAAGGAUCGCUUUCUCUAUUCUGGUGGCAUACUUCGUUAUCUCAUGUUUCUCAGGUUUUCUGUUGAUUCAAAGACGCAGGGCUCAAGCCGCUUACGAAUAUCAACGAAUCCAAGCUUUAACAGACUUUUCAGAUGACAGUGGGAACAGCCUAGGAAGUCAAGGGGCAGAACUCCAGUACAGACGUCAGUUUCAGAAAAUCCUCUGGAACCUCGAAGACGAUCAGAAUGUGGUCGCCAUGGGAAACAAGAGCAAGCCGGAGUACGUUGUGGAGAUUUGGGGAAAAGCCGCCAUAAGUAAGUCUACACUCUUACGGAAGCAUUCUGUACAUCAUCUAAUGCAUACAGAGCAUAAAACAAAGACCUUCCAGAAAAUUCCAGCAGUCCUGGGAUCAGGAGCCAAGGUGAAAUUUAGGACGGGACCAGGAGUUACUCCUUCAAAAGUGCCAAAAGACACACAGAAUCUUGUUUUGACCCUCAACGUCCGGGACUUCACAAAGGUUGACCCGGCUAAAGCUUGGCUGGACGCAUUGUCCGGCUUCCCGCAGCUGAAGAAUGUCGCUGUGGUUCUUCUCGGCAAUGAGCAGUGUGACAACGAAUGGAUCAAGCCGUACCUAGUGACCAAUAAUGGACCAGUCAAGUUUGUGUUUGUUGUUUACGAUAGCCCUGAUGUUGACAACAAAAACUUCUACCAGUGGCCACUUGGUGUUGCUACUUAUAGGAAUUUUCCUAAAGUGAAAAGUGCCUUCAUUCCAAUCUCCAUACAAAGAAAGCAUAUGUGUAACUACAUGGGGACAAUAUACGUCAACUCUUCACGACAGGUGCUCCUGGAUUUAUUAUCCACGCCAGAACUAAAGGACAGAUGUUACGUCAAAGUUCGCCAUGAAUGGUUACCUGACGAGACUGAAGGUUCCCGAGAUAAUUACCUUAAAGUAUUAGCACACAGCGACCUCACCUUUAACCCCGUGGGAAUGAAUCCAGAAUGUUACCGCAUAUACGAAGCCCUCUCUUAUGGCUCCAUUCCCGUUAUAGAGGACGUUCCUACCCUAGGGAAUUGUGGGAACUCGUCUGGAUUUUCUGUAAGUGCCCCUCAUCGACUAUUAAAGUCUGAAAAAGCACCUGUGAUAUUCAUCAAAGAUUGGCAAAAGGAACUUCCUGCCAUUCUUGAGAAAGAGGCCAAAAUGACACUGGAGCAGAAAUCAAAACGAAGGAAGGACGUAUUGUUGUGGUAUGAGAAUUUCAAAGCCAAAAUGAGGAAACGCUUUGUGUCUGUGAUUCAAGAGAAAUUUUUUGGUGUUCAUCCAUUAUUUUGAAUUAUAUUGCUGAUAACUUGUGUGACAUUUGCAUCGAAUAAUUAUUGAUUCCUUCAUCUGUCAAGGGCGUGAAGGCGAAAAAUGACGUUUUCAAAUGAAAAUGACUUGUGUUCUUCAGAUACAUGUGAUAUGGUGAUCAAGACCUUCUUUUGACCCAAUUUUGGUCAAGGGAAAGGGCAGACCAAAUUAAUUAGUACUGUACAAUAUAGUUUUAAUGAAAAUUAAUGAGACCUGUUUCAUGAUUUCUACCUAAUGUUGAGGGCAAAAUUUGUCAGUUGUUCUUUAAUAAAUGCAUACAAUUAUGUGAUAAGAUUUUGAUAGCUUGUUGAAGUUUCAAGAAUGUAUUAUAAUAAUAUAUUUGUGCAGAUUUUAGUUAUUUGUUUUAUACAUCAAAUAUGUGUCUCACUGAACAAAGGUUGUUAAUUGUACAGAAAACUUUUUUCUUAAUUUGUACAUAAUGUAUGUGUAUACAUGUAUAUUAUACGGUCUUUUAAUUCUAAGGCAGCUGAAACUGUAUAGGUUGUAUUUUUUUUUUCA